AUGUCUUCCCGGUUCCCAGUUGAUGAAGCCCAACUCGCCAGUCUCUUUGUGGAUAGCGUUUUCUAUGGGCUUCUAUCUGAUAACUUUUUUUCGUGUCUGCACGGGCUUCUGACCACCAGCAAUGGGAACCUAAAGUCCAGGCACACCAUCAAUUACCAGAUGGUAGCCGCAUCACUAUGGAUGCUUGUCUUUUCAACUGUGCAAGUUUCUUGUCACCUCCGAUUCGUCCUUGAUGCCUUCAUUUACUCCGAUGGAGACCCCAUUGACACAUUAUCGGAUAUGUCACAUCCAGUUAAUGUUGCGCAAUUGGUCACCUUCGUGGCGCAGACCUUCAUGGGAGAUUGUAUUCUUCUCUACAGGUGCUGGGUUAUAUAUGAGAGACGGUGGAUGGUUGUCAUUUGCCCGGUAAUUCUGUGGAUCGCUGAGACUGGUUGUGGUAUUGCUGGGGUGUGUAUUGAAACCUCGCUCGGCCGUGACUCUGCUAUCACAAAUCCGUCAAUUUUCCCUCUCAUCAUAACACUCCAGUCUCUAACACUAGCUACCAAUGUCAUUACAACAAGUCUGAUUGUGCACCGCAUCUGGACGAUCCACAGCGCUGUCAGACAGCUCGUCCCUUCGAUCAAGAAUCAUCCAUUGAGAAAUGCUCUUGUCGUUGUGAUCGAGUCAGCAGCUGUGUAUACCGCCUCCGUUGUCGUGUUGCUUAUAGUCUAUGCCAUCGGGAGUAAUGCUCUCUAUGUCGUUUCUGAUACUAUAGUUCAAAUCAUCGGGAUUACUUUCAACCUGAUUAUCAUACGAUUCGCAAGAGGGACGGCCGUAAAAUCG